UAGUACCCUUCAAAAGCAAUGAUUUGACACACACAGACACACAAAAUCAAAAAUUCACCAAAUUCUCUUGGUAGGACCAUCAUGGUUUAAAAGCCCAUUAUUGUAUAUACUGUAUAUGACGUUUCAUUUUGUAAUAAUUAUGUAAUUCAAUUAGUCCAAACUUCAUUUCUGUAAAGGUCUAGUUCAAAGUUCCUGGAGAAGGAGACGGUCCACCUUAGCAGCUCCACUGCUGGAUCAGAACCACCCUCAGCCAAAUCUUCAGUCAGCUGUUUGCCAUCUCUGGUCACUUAACAGUGACAAAUUUGAGCAAACUAGUGUCUCCAAGUGUCCUCAAUAACCUUGCGUCAAACUGAUGUGAUAUGGACUUUAAGGAGCUGCUAUACAGUUUAAAAGUCUUAUAUACAGAGGUUGUUGGGCUAUGAGUGUUGUAGUCUGAUGAUUGAUGAUUGUGGCUGUGCGCCAGCUCUCUGUUGCGCAGGAGAUGAAAGGGGCUUCAGGAAAGGGGUGGUCCUGCACCGGGGCAUAAAUAGAGACCAGGGCUCUUCUCGGUUCUAAGAGAAAAGGAGAGCUGAAUCUUGAAGAGACAGCGAGGAAAGCCUGUCCAAGUCCGUUUUUGACUAUUUGAAAGACUCCUCUUUUGCUCUGGAAAGUUGAAGCGGAGUGACAUUCAACUUUCAGACUGCUGCUAUUGACUCUCAAGUCCUGGGCACAACCAUACUUUUAUUGAUUUCCAUUUUAAGUCGGCAUCGGCACUGGAUUUGGUACCUGUUUCAGUAUUUGUGACUUUUUCUUGAGUUGUUGGAGUCAGGUUGUCUUUUGUGAGAAUUUUCAAUUGGGUCCACCAGUGUUUUGUCGUUUUCUUGAAGACCCAACGGGAAUAUAAUGUAUUUUUUACGCGUUAUACUGGGUUUCACUGCAGCUCUGUGCGUAAACGCGGCAGAGAGCGCAUGGGAGGAGAGCACGGUGGUACCAGUUCGGCUCGACUCUUACGACACCGAACCGACCCAUACGGCAGAAGCACGGGAAAAGGAAUCGGAGAAACGCAUCUACCGGUUGGACGCCUUUGGAAAGCGGAUGAUCUUGGUGCUGGAACCGGACCAGACCUUUUUAGCGCCUGGGUUUGUGUUCCAGAUGGUGGGGAAACCGGAGAGCGAGGAGUUCGACAGCGACGGAGAUGCGCGGUGCUUCUUCUCGGGAACCGUGAACGGUGAAGAACUUUCCGCCGCGGCGAUCAAUCUGUGCAAUGGAUUGCGGGGCGGCUUCUACGUCGGCGGUGAAGAGUAUUUCAUUCAACCUUCAAACGCCAGUGGAGACACGCAGUCUUCAGAUGGAGACACCCACACCAUUCGCCGAAGAAAACGGGGGUUCCUGACUGAGGAGAACGGUUCUAAGUGUGGCGUCAAUGAAGAGGAGGAGAAGGUCCCCGAGAAACCAGAUGCGAGCAAAUCAAAUCCAGAGCCAAUGCCACACGACUCUAAAGCACACCAGAGAUCUCGUCGCUUUGUGUCCACUCCUCGCUAUUUGGAGAUCAUGAUUGUGGCAGACCAGUCAAUGGCAGAGUUUCAUGGUGCUGGCCUCAAACCCUACCUGCUAACCAUCAUGGCUGUGGCAUCUCGUCUUUAUCGUCAUGCUACAAUUCAUAAUUCAAUCACUCUGGCUGUUGUGAAGCUGCUGGUUGUGUAUGAGGAAGAGCAUGGCCCCCAGGUCUCAUCCAAUGCUGCACUUACCCUUAGGAACUUCUGCCAGUGGCAAAGACAGCACAACCCUUCAAGUGACCGCCACCCGGAGCACUAUGACACAGCAGUACUCUUUACCAGACAGGAUCUUUGUGGAGCUCACUCAUGUGACACUCUGGGAAUGGCAGAUGUGGGCACCGUGUGCGAUCCUGAUCGAAGUUGCUCCAUUAUUGAAGAUGAUGGUCUGCAGGCAGCCUUCACAGUAGCACAUGAGCUUGGUCAUGUGUUCAACAUGCCCCAUGAUGAUGCCAAGCAGUGUGCCAGCAUUAAUGGCGACCACUGGAGUUCCCACAUGAUGGCCUCAACCUUGUCAAAUCUGGACCAGCUGCAGCCCUGGUCUCCUUGCAGUGCUCUGAUGGUCACGUCCUUCCUGGACAAUGGCCAUGGGCAGUGUCUUCUAGACAAGCCCCAGAGGUCUCAGCAGUUACCCCAGGCUCUGCCAGGUACUGUGUAUGAUGCUGACAGACAGUGCCGCCUCACAUUUGGGGAGGAGUCGCAGCACUGUCCUGACCUGAGCACCACCUGCGCUGCCCUUUGGUGCACCGUCACAACUGCAAAUGGCUUGCUGGUCUGCCAAACCAAGAACUUUCCAUGGGCCGAUGGGACACCUUGUGGGUCUUCCAGCUAUUGUAUGGCAGGCCAGUGUUUGAGUAAGAUUGAGGCAGCCAAGUAUCAGACUCCAGUAAAUGGUGGAUGGGGAACCUGGGGUCCUUGGGGAGAAUGCUCACGUACCUGUGGAGGAGGUGUACAAUACUCUUUCAGGGACUGUGACAAUCCCCUACCCAAAAACGGAGGCAAAUAUUGCGAGGGCAAGAGAAUUCAGUACCGCUCCUGCAACACCAAGAUCUGCCCUGAUAGCAAUGGUUUGACAUUCCGUGAGGAACAGUGUUUGGCCCACAAUGACAUCUCCUCUCAGUUGUCAUUUGGCUCAAUUGAAGCUGUUGAGUGGGUGCCGAAGUAUGCAGGAGUAUCUCCUAAGGACCGCUGCAAGUUGGUGUGCCGAGCAAAGGGAACAGGCUAUUUCUUCGUUCUGAAGCCAAAGGUGGCUGAUGGAACACCAUGUACCCCAGACUCCACUUCCGUCUGCGUCCAAGGUCAGUGUGUGAAGGCUGGUUGUGACCGAGUCAUUGGCUCCAACAAACGUUUUGACAAGUGUGGCAUCUGUGGAGGAGAUGGAUCUACUUGCAAGAAAGUAUCUGGGUCAGUGGAACGUGCUAGACCGGGCUAUCAGGAUGUAGUUACAAUUCCAGCUGGUGCCACACACCUUGAUGUCAAGCAGCGCUCUAUUGGAGGCCGUCGCAACGACAAUAGCUACCUAGCAGUUCGCAGACAAGAUGGCACAUACCUACUGAAUGGCGACUACAAGCUUACCACUUUAGAGACUGACAUCUCUCUACGUGGCGCACUCCUCCGAUACAGUGGUUCCUCUGCCACCCUGGAGCGCCUGCGAAGCUUUGCUCCUUUACCUGAGCCUCUUACCAUUCAAGUGUUGACAGUUGGUGAGUACCCUCGGCCACGAGUAAAAUACAGCUACUUUGCUCCACGCCCUGCCUCUGGUCCCAGCGGGUCGAACCGGCCAUCCAUUAAUGCUAUCAGGGAAGCAGGAGAUGCCGAAUGGACCCUCCGUGAGUGGGGACCCUGCUCGCAGACCUGCGGCGGUGGUGUCCAGAAGCGAGAUGUCCUCUGCCUUGAUGCUCAUGGCCGUCAAUCAAAAGACUGUCCAGGAGAGCUGCGCCCUGCAUCCUCACAACCCUGUGCUGUGCAGGCUUGCCCAUCCUGGCUGCUGGGUGAGUGGUCAGCUUGUUCCAAAGCAUGUGGCAGAGGUUUCCGCAAGCGUCCACUGCGCUGCAUAGGACAUGAUAGCCGCACUUUGCCUCACGAGAGCUGCAAUGCAAAAGAUCGACCACGACCUCUUCUGGACUUGUGCAACCAGACUCCUUGUUGAAAGUGAAAACUAUGGCUUAAAAACCACCUUGGAACGGCUGUAAUCCUGCAAGUGGCAUCUGGUGCCGAACAACAACGUUUUUGGGAUUCAAAGGGGUCCUUUUAACAGAGACUGCAACCAAGCUUCAUUUAGUGUUUUAAUUCCUGCCCAUCCAACACUGGGUACAGGGGACAAAGCUGGCACACUAUGUACCUGUCAUGACAGGUGUGAUCGAGGAUGAGAAUACAGACAUCUCUGCUGCUUUGGAUGCUAAAGUCAUGCGUGUUAGAUGUUGAGUGUGCAUAGGUGUAUAUGGUGGAUGAUUAGUGAAAGAAUGCAUGAAAGAGCUAUGCAUUUGUACCAUCUGUCUGAGCUGGACUGACAGACAGGUUUAAUAUGUCACAAGCAGAUAUAAGAUUGAAAGAGCUUAUUAGAGGGUAGAACAUAUAGGAAUUAUUGACUUUUGCUGGGGUCAAGAGCAGUGCUUGGGACAGAGGAAUUUGUUAGUAAGAGUGUUAUAUAAAGCACCCUCUAGUGGUUCUCCACUGAAUAGUUGUAAACUCUGGCUCAGAGCACAUACAGUAUUUAACAUAUGCCAUUUUCUUGCCAAAAUCCACUGCAUAUCUCACCACAGCUAGGCACACAUGCUGCUAACAAACACCACAACAGGUAUUAUGCAUACUCUAGCUUUAAGUUUAGCUUCUUAGGUUUAUUUUUCACCAUCUUGCAAAGCCAUACCUGAUCAAGAGGGAGCCUAUUUAUGAGGGGGAGGGAGACAAAAGAGCAUGGAUUCUAUACCCGAGGUGAGAGUGUUUGUGUGUGUGCAUUUAAGUAUGUAUGUAUGGGUGUGUUAGUUCUGCCGGAUAUUGUGGAGAUAUGACAAGAGACUUCUCUCCUACUACUACUUCAUAAGUAGCUGUCCUCUUCUGCCUUCUGAGAAGGCAUCUUUCUAAUGAGGCAUUUCUUUUUGUACAGAAUAUCCAAACAUUAUUUAUUUUUGUACAGCCCAUUUAAUAUAAUCUUGUUGCUUUUUUAUAAUUAUUGUAUUUCUAUUUAGGGGUUCAAGCCCGUAGGGCUGAAACGCUAUUGUAAUUGUUAGGAUUAUUAUUAUUAGGGGAUCAAGCACGAAGUGCUGAAACCCUAUUGUAUUUGCUAAGAUUUUUAUUAUUAUUAUUAUUAUUAUUCUGCCAUAAAACUGAUCGUGCAGACCAAACCGUAAGGCCUAGAGACAUGAAACUUUGGGGAAUAGUAGUACUCCAGCUGACUACACAUGCUCAUGGUCUAGCCCGAUCAGUCAACUGGGGGCGCCAUAGUUAACAAAUCAAAAACAUUACACAUUUUGAGUCAUAACUCCUGAACCAUGCGUCAUACACUCAAUAUGGCUUAUGUAAUUGGAAUCGUUGACUCAAGCCGAACAAAACAUAUAUCUCCGAUUUCAUUUCCGUCAUGUAUUGUUUCGCAAUUUGCGAUUUUUCUACUUUUACGAACUAGUCCUAGCCAUUCAACUGAUCGGAUCCAAAUUAGUGCAGAAAGAUUUUCUGGAGCCUCAAUAUCAUUAAUUAUCAAAAAAAGUUAGAACUCUCGCCAAAACGUACGAAACGUGAGUGGUAACUUUUAUGCAAAUGCCUAUAACUCUUGAAUGGUAUGAGAUAUUGUAACAGGUAAAGGUUGGGCAAGGAGGAGGCGGGAACCGGCUAAACAGUCAACGUAAAAUUUAAUGAUAAAAUUAAACAUAAAACAAACAUAAACAAACACAAACACACAUGUAACGCGGCCGUGUGCAUCACUCUCUCUCUCUAACUGGUGCCUCUGGCUCGUCUUUAUCCCCCUCUCGGCUGAUUAGCCCGAUUCAGGGCCGGCCAUGUGUCAUCACGACCAGGCCCCACCCUCCUCCUCAUCACAGAUAUUUUCACCAAAUUCUGGAAACUUAUGUAUGGGGUCAUUAAUAGGACACUCGGGAAAAAAUGCGCACCUUGGCCAUUCGGUCGAGCUAUUAAAAUUAAAAACCUAAAAAUGGCUCUAUCUAAGGAGCCAUUGUUCCGAUCGACCUGUAAUUUUGCAUACAAUGUCUUUGUCCAAGGUGCCAUCAAGUUCUAUCAGGACAGUUGCAUAUCUCAAAAAACAUGGCCACCAUCGACCAAUCAUUUUUUAGCAGAUUUUAAACUAGGUUAACAAAGGCCGAUCGGAAAGAAACGCGGUGGGCAUAUUUGAUUCUUGGCCCUAGAGGUUUGUGCAAAAUUUGAAAAAAAAUUGGCCACCGGGUGUGUAAAUUGUUAUAUAUCCCACUGUGUUUCACUCAGACACAUGUUAUUCAUACCGUAUGAUAGAUCUCCUCAUUCUGAACAACUUUGCCUCAAGAAGCAUUGGUGUGAAUCAAAUCAUUUGUUAAAUAUUUAAGAUUAUUUUAAAAAAACUACUUUUUCAAACUAGUCCUAGGCCGUUCGGAACCAAACCAGUGCAGAAAGAUUCCAGUAGUGCCAGUAUAAAAAAAAUUUAUUUCGAUUUAUCAUCGCAAACAUAUGCCUAAACGUACGUAGUGGGCGUGGCCAAUUUUUACUAAAACGGUUAUAACUCUUGAACAGAAAACAAAAUAUCAUCACCAAAUUUGGGACACUUACAUAUGUAUGGGGUCAUUCUGAGGACAUUCACAAAAAUUGCAUGCCUCUGCCUCUUGGUGGUGCUAUAACAGUCAGAAAUGUAAAAAAUUCCAUAUCUCUGUGCUUCCUAGCCUGAUGGUUCUGAAAAUUAAGGCACUUUAUCAUUGUUUUAAGUGCUAUCGGUUGCAUAUGUACUUAAAGGACUUUAAAAGCUUGAACCCCGUUAAUUGCUGCUUGCAGCUAUAUUUGUUAUUAUAAUUAUUAUUAUUGAAAUAACUGAAGGAUGUAGAUUAUAUUAAAGUAUUUAUACAGUAUCUAUGAUUUUAGGUUUAUGAAUAAAGAAUCACAAGUUUGUGGACCAAUA